CAUGUAUAUCCGCCAGGCUGAUGGAUCAUACGGACGGUUGCCCCCGCAUUGCAUGCCCGUAUGUCAGCCGCGCGGGAGGGCGUAUCGCAUAUGCAAAAACCUGCUCAAACACUGAGAACCGACCAGACGGUUCACACCGAUAAAAGGGAAUCGAUGAUAAUCCCGACUUCUUAUCAAGGCUACUUCACCUCCGAUUUGAUGUCUUCGUUCUUUGGACUGUACGUCCAUGCAGUGUCAUUAUUUUAUUAUUUUAGAGUGUCCACGAUCCUAUCUAAGGCCGUUAGUGGCAUCAUGGUGGCAUCAAUCUCCUACAGGAAACACAAACUAUUCUGAUGGGCAGGUUACCGCCGCCAUGCAUCCAAGGAAGUACAUGUACAAACUAGUGCGCCCGUAAGCUGAAGCGAAGGCCGCGGUUAAAGCGGAUGGCAGGAGCUAUGACACCCCGUCGGCUGCUGUCAGCAGUGGUAGUCUUCAGUAUUAUCACGACUUUUGCCGGUUAUCUUCAAUUGAGACGUGAGUUGAAGUCGUCGUAUCAAAGUCGUACAUUGGAAGAGACUGGAUCUAACGGUAAACGGAUCAUCGGCAUGACCGUUAAGACUCGGACGCCUGAGAUUACUACUGAGGAGACGGGAUCUCAAGUAGACGGGGUUUCAUCACAGCGCUGCAAGGGGAACUGUAGUGAUGUCUUUGCACAGAAGUACGCGAAUAAUUACUCCCAAAACACCAAAGACUUCUUCGUCGAAGUCGACAGAAUCAUGAAGCGGAAAUGGAAGGAGAAUAGAACAGUCAAUCAAGCCUUCAGAGAUGACUUACGGGCUGCCUUGGGAGAGGAGGGGAAACUGGACAACUUCAUCGUCACCAAACAUCAUAUACAGCCAGGAGAGACUAUACACUUCUACAGGCAGAACGGAUCCACCACGUUAUCCAGGCAGAUCUGGCAAUUGUUACCCAACGACACGGUUUAUUACCCAAGAAUAAACCACAGCUGCAGCGUGGUGGGUUCAAGUGGUAUACUCAAAGGCUCUCACUGUGGUCACAAUAUAGACAAAGCCGACUUCGUCUUCAGAUUCAACGUAGCUGAUGUCAAAGGAUUUGAGACAGAUGUUGGAGGCAAAACAAACUUCACAACCUUAAAUCCAUCCUUUCUUGUAACGAAAUUAAAUUCGCUGAAGACAGAAGAAGACCGGUCCCAAUUUGUGUCCAUUCUGAAUCAGUUCAAUGGCAGUUAUCUUUUCCUUCCGGCAUUUGCUCUGACAUGGAGGUACGGCAUUCUCACCCGCGCGGCCAGUAUAGCUAAGUCCUCCAACACAGUGCAGCCCAUUUUUGGUCAUCCCGACCACUUCACCUCAGUCACAAGACUUUGGCAUAAGACGCUAAAGGGAUCCAAAUGGACGACAACGGGUCUUUAUGUACUGUCGUCAAUAUUUGAUCUUUGUGAGCGAAUAGACGUGUACGGUUUCUGGCCGUUUCCCAAAACCCUGAAGGGUCGCCACGUGCCGUACCAUUACCAUAACGACAUUAAGGCGGGGAGCAAGUUUUCGCACAGUUUCAGCACGGAAUUCAAUGGUGUGAUGUCUUUACACGAGCAAGGCCUAAUCCAUUUGCAUCUAGGCGCUUGUCUAUGAGGGUAAAUGGGAGUUCUUCAUGUAUCAUGGACCAUGGCUCUAGCCUCAGAUGCAUUCAUCCCUGAUUUCAAACUCUGAAUAGUGAACUCUAACGUUUAUACCAAGGAAAAAACACCGAACAAACCAAGAACAAGAUCACAGAGAUUUGAACAAUUCAAAUAUUCGUUUAGAGAUUGGGGAAACAAACACAGACACAAACAAGCAAAUUGGCAGAAAAUAUAUCCUGUUAAAAACAUCCUGUAAUCAAAACAGAUUGUCGUUUACAUAUAUACAUGUACAUAGUGUGCCAAAAAAGUGCAACAUUCAGAAAACUAAUAAUUAA